CGAGGACCGGCGCCAGCCGCGCGCGCCACGCGCCGCGCGCUGGCUUGCAUGGCAGGCCCCAAGAACAGCAUUCUAUGGUUUCGAAAAGGUUUGCGGCUGCACGACAACCCCGCGCUGCUGGAGGCCUGCAGGGGCGCGGCCCACGUGUACCCCGUCUUCAUCUUGGAUCCAUUCUUCCUGCAGCAGAGCUCCUACAAGGUUGGUGUCAACCGCUAUAACUUUCUGCUGGAGUCCCUGAGGGACCUGGACGCCAGCUUCCGGUCCCGGGGAUCUCGGCUGCUGGUGCUGCGCGGCAAACCCGAGGAGGUCUUUCCCCGGGUGUUCCGGGAGUGGCGCAUCACGCAGCUGUGUUUUGAAGUCGACACGGAGCCGUACGCACGCGUCCGUGAUGCCCGCAUUCAGGGCCUUGCUGACGAGGCGGGAGUGGCGGUGUGGACGGCUGUCAGCCACACGCUCUACGUGGGUUUGUUUUGCUCGUGUACGGCAGGAAGGCACGGCCCGGUGCUGGGAGGGUGCUGGUUGUGGAAGGAGAAGGCACCGGCUCCAGGGGGGAGGAGGGGGCCUGCGUGUGAAAACGCGCCCAGUACGGACGCCGCCACCACUGCCGUACCCACGUGGCAGGAGGUGGGCUUCACGGAGGCCCCCACCACCAUUUUCAAAGGCGGCGAGACGGAGGCUCUUAAGCGGCUGUCCGCCUCCCUCGCCGACAGCAAGUGGGUGGCGGACUUUAAGAAACCGGACACCGACCCGGCAGCCUUCGAGCGCCCCGCCACAACCGUCCUGUCGCCGUACGUCAAGUUCGGUUGUCUGUCCCCGCGCCUCUUCCACGCCCGGCUGCUGGAGGUGUACCGGCGACACCGGGGGCACUCGCAGCCGCCCGUGUCGCUGAGGGGGCAGCUGCUGUGGAGGGAGUUCUUCUAUACGGUGGGCGCCCACACGCCCAAUUUCCACCGCAUGGAUGGCAAUCCGCUGUGUAAGCAAAUCGACUGGGACGAUGACGAGGAGCUGCUGGCGGCUUGGAGGGAGGCCAGGACCGGCUUCCCCUGGAUCGACGCCAUCAUGACUCAGCUGCGGCAGUGGGGCUGGAUGCACCACCUGGCCAGGCACAGCGUGGCGUGUUUUCUUACCCGGGGGGAUUUGUACGUCAGCUGGGAACGGGGCAUGCAGGUGUUUGAGGAGCUGCUGAUCGACCAGGACCACUACCUGAACGCGGCCAACUGGAUGUGGCUCUCCGCCAGCGCCUUCUUCAGCCAGUACUUCAGAGUGUACAGCCCGAUCAGCUUCGGGAAGAAGUACGAUCCGGAGGGGAAGUUCAUACGCAAGUUCCUUCCGGUCCUCAAGGAUAUGCCCUCCAAGUACAUCUACGAGCCCUGGACAGCCCCGUCCGAGGUGCAGCGCCGGGCGGGUUGCGUCAUCGGCCGGGACUACCCGCACCCCGUGGUGGACCAUGCGCUUGUGUCCAAACAGAACAUCGCGCGCAUGGCGGCGGCGUACCGGUCUAACAAGGCGGCUGGGGGCGAUGGUGACGGCGACGGCGAUGACAACGGGGACGAAGGUGUAGUUACCGCCGCCAAGGCCAAGGCCAAGGCCAAGGCCAAGGGCAACCCUGGCGGCAAAUCGCCCAAGAAGGCGGCUGCUACUGCUACUGCUACUGCGGCGGCAGCAGCAGCGACCGCGAAGAGAAAAGGAGCCAAGUCCUCGGGCGCAGCCACUGCUGGCGCCGCAGCUACUGCUACUCCCACUGCUACUGCUACUCCUACUGCUACUGCUACUGAUGCUGUUAAGGCCGUGUCCUCCGGACCCCGGGGAGGCAAGCGGCAACGAACCAUUUCGGAGACCCUCACUCACGCUGCCACCACUGCUACUGCUACUGCCGGAGGGACGGCGGGCCCCAGCAGCAGCAAGGCCACGUAAGAGAGACCG